GGCGCACGCAUCCCAACUGCUCUGUAUAAAGAGCUGCCAAAACCCUAAUAAUUUCACUCGCCUUCUCUCCAGCGUUCUAGGGUUUCUCUCGCCUCUCCAGCGUUCUAGGGUUUCUCUCGCCUCUCCAGCUUCGCGUCAUCUCUAUUCUGUUAAAGAUGGUUCUGUCAAACGAUUACGAUUUGCUCAACCCACCGGCGGAGCUCGAGAAGAGGAAGCACAAGCUCAAGCGUCUUGUUCAAUCCCCAAACUCAUUCUUCAUGGAUGUCAAAUGUCAGGGUUGCUUUAACAUAACCACUGUGUUUAGCCAUUCGCAAACGGUGGUGGUGUGCGGUAACUGCCAGACGGUGUUGUGCCAACCCACCGGAGGGCGCGCCAGACUUACAGAAGGCUGCUCCUUUCGGAGAAAAGGGGAUUGAUUGGUCGGCCUUGUAGCGCAGGACUCGCUUGCCUGGUUUAGUUUUUCUCUCUUGGGAUUGUUAAUUACACUCUACCCUAGUAAGGAUGGCCCCCAAAUUAUUUGAACUAUUCUGUGAUAGUCAUUGGAGGGAUGCUGAUAUUUUAGUGAUAUAGGUUCAGUUUUUUAGCUGAAAACAUUUGAAGGAUGUUUUUGAUAUAGAAUAUUGUGUGAAUGUAUGGUAGAUUAUUGGUUAUUGUUUGGAGAUUGAUGUUUUCCAAAAUAUUUUCAACAAUUGUUGUUAGUUUUGUCCAAGUCAGUAAAACCACCAUCUAUUCCUGUAGCAGGCUCAGGACCCUCCUUUUGUGUUUUA